CCUUCCCGCCUCUGCCCUGUGACAGGAGCAACGGAUCAAGGCCUGGACCAUGUCCCAGCUGGUGGAAUGUGUCCCCAACUUCUCGGAGGGGAACAACCAGGAGGGACGUGCCCUAUGAGGAUGGGGGCUUGGACGUGACCAGCGGGCUGUGAGGAUGUGGCGUGGGGUGAUUGAGGCCAUCUCCCGAGCUGUGGCACAGACCCCGGGCUGCACGCUGCUGGACGUGGACGCUGGCCCCUCCACCAACCGCACUGUCUACACAUUUGUGGGGCGCCCCGAGGACGUGGUGGAGGGGGCCCUCAAUGCUGCCCGGGCCGCCUCUCAGCUCAUCGACAUGAGCAGGCACAGAGGGGAACACCCUCGGAUGGGCGCCCUGGACGUGUGCCCCUUCGUCCCGGUGAGGGGCGUCACCAUGGACGAGUGCGUGCUCUGUGCCCAGGCCUUCGGCCGGCGGCUGGCAGAGGAGCUGGGCGUGCCAGUGUACCUCUACGGCGAGGCGGCGCGGACGGCCCAUCGCCGGUCCCUGCCGGCCAUCCGGGCCGGGGAGUACGAGGCCCUCCCUGAGAAGCUCAAGCAGGCCGAGUGGGCACCCGACUUCGGGCCCAGCUCCUUUGUCCCCAGCUGGGGGGCCACCGUCACGGGGGCGCGGAAUUUCCUCAUCGCGUUCAACAUCAACCUGCUCGGCACCAGGGAGCAGGCUCACCGCAUCGCACUCAACCUCCGGGAGCAGGGCCGCGGGAAGGACCAGCCAGGACGCCUGGAAAAGGUGCAGGGCAUUGGCUGGUACCUGCAUGAGAAGAACCUGGCUCAGGUGUCUACAAACCUCCUGGACUUUGAGGUCACGGGGUUGCACAUGGUCUUCGAGGAGGCCUGCAGAGAAGCCCAGGAGCUGAGCCUUCCAGUGGUGGGCUCGCAACUGGUGGGCCUGGUGCCUCUGAAGGCCCUGCUGGACGUGGCCGCCUUCUACUGCGAGAAGGAGAACCUCUUCCUCCUGGAGGAGGAGCACCGCAUCAGGCUGGUGGUCAGCCGGCUGGGCUUGGACUCUCUGUGCCCCUUCAACCCCAAGGAGCGGAUCGUCGAGUACCUGGUCCCUGAGGGCGGGUCCCAGCAGAGCCUGGUGGACCAGCCCCUGUGUGCCUUCAUCCGUGAGGUGGGCGCCCGCUCGGCGGCCCCGGGGGGCGGCUCCGUGGCAGGGGCCUGUGCAGCCAUGGGUGCCGCGCUGGCCUCCAUGGUUGGCCUCAUGACCUACGGGCGGCGCCAGUUUGAGCACCUGGACGCGACCAUGCGGCGUCUGAUCCCGCCUUUCCACGCAGCCUCGGCCAAGCUGACUGCGAUGGUGGACUCUGACGCCCGCGCCUUCGAGGCCUACCUGAAAGCAGUGAAGCUGCCCAAGAACACACCUGAGGACAGGGACAGGCGCACAGCUGCCCUGCAAGAGGGGCUGAGACAGGCGGUGGCCGUGCCCUUGGAGCUGGCGGAGACAGUGGCCUCACUGUGGCCAGCGCUGCAGGAGCUGGCCCUGUGUGGGAACCUGGGCUGCCGGUCGGACCUGCAGGUGGCAGCCAAGGCCCUGGAGACAGGCGUGUUUGGUGCGUAUUUCAACGUGGUCAUCAACCUGAAGGGUGUCACCGAUGAUGAGUUUAAGGACCAGGUCCGUCAGCGCAUCUCCAGCCUCCUGCAGGAAGCCAAGACCCAGGCAGCACUGGUGCUGGACCGCCUGGAGGCCCGGCAGGAGUGACAGCUGGGGGGGGGACCUCCCUGUCGGGAGGACAGGGCGGCUGUGGGGCCCAGAGCGGG